AUAUAUAUAUAUAUAUAUAUAUAGGGAGAGGUACUUGACAUAGGAGAUUGUGAAGAAAACCAUCAAACAGAAUGUCAAAACUGAGUUUUAUCGAGUUCAAAUAUGGAGCAUUUCCAAGGAAGUUGUCAAGGAAACCGACAACACAGAUGAGCAUCAACAAGGACAGCCUAAAGUCGAAUGUGUCUUCAAGAACUUAUCAGCCCAAUGUGGAAGAAAUGAAAUGGUUGUUCGACAAAUUCGACACCAACAAAGAUGGUAAGAUCUCCAAGGAAGAGUACAAGUCAGCUUUGAAAGUACUUGGCAAAGGAAUGACGGGUGCCGAGGUGACCAAAGCAUUUACCGCAAUCGACACCGAUGGAGAUGGCUUCAUCGACUACAAGGAGUUCAUGGAGAUGAUGCAGAACAUGGGAGAAGGGAUCAAUGUCAAUGACAUCCAAAGUGCAUUUCGGGUGUAUGAUUUGGACGGAAACGGGAAAAUCAGCGCCGAAGAAUUGAUGGCGGUGCUUAAGAAGAUGGGAGAGAGGUGUAAUCUGGAAACUUGUCGGAAAAUGAUUCGAGGGGUGGAUGCUGAUGGAGAUGGCUUGAUUGACAUAACCGAGUUCACCACCAUGAUGACUCGCACCAUGAAAGUAUGUCAGAGAUAAGCUACUACUAAUCAUCAACCUGGGGCCUUUGUUUCAUAUUGGAAUAAUGGCUAUUAAUGCCUCUAAAUAUGAAGCUAUAUACAUAUAUAUGCUAGUAAAAUGAGUUGGCAAGUGUCCUUUGUCCCCAUUACAUUCUUCUAUUUUUAAUAACAAAAAUGAAGGCGGAUUAACUUGAA